UCUAACCGACGCCGUUUUACUGCCGUAAGCGGUAAGCCUCCUCCCCUCUUGCGGAAAACCAUUUCUGUAAUUUCUAUUCCUUUCAAAACCCUAAACCAUCGAGUCCCAAUCAUAAAUUUUUAUUGUAAAAUUUGAUGUGAUGAAGAGGGCAGUGCCGUGGGAUGAUAAUGAGACAAACAAUUCAUCAUCUUCUGAUGAAUCUUCAUCUUCGAACUCUGAAGCGGAAGAUGGACCUCCCAACUCCAAGCUUAAGAAAUUAUCCCAAGCGAAGUCUGGGAAACAAAAAGGUAAUGCGUUGGAUUUUGAAGCAUUGAAGCGACAUGGUUACAAGGGAGGAUUAUCUGUUCUGAAUGUGCCUCCUCCAAAAGAGAAACCGGACUGGUCCUGGUCAACCGGCAGAGAAAACAGUGAAAUCAGGGAGGCUAAAGAAUCUUUCGAGGACAGACAGAAAACGAGAGCAGCAAUAUUGGAUGCAGAGGAGCUGGCUAACGUACAAUCUCGGAAAGAGAAGCAGAAUGUUUCUUUUUCACAGAAGGAGAAGCGGAAAAGAGAACUUGGCCAGGUUAGUAGGGGGAAGAAUUAUGUUGAAGAAGAGAAGAGGUUGCUCCGGGACAGUGGUAUCUAUUCUGGUUUUGAUACUUGAUUUAUGAGGAUAGGAAAAGCUAAAGAGUUUUAUCAUCGUGUAUGGAUUGCAGUUGGAAUCCUAGUGCUAGAUUCUUGGUUGUAAACAUUGUAUUUAUUUACUUAUCUUAUAUUCAUAGGCUUUAAUGUCAAAGAUAUUUUAUCA